AAGCGUUUGAGGGGAGAGAGAGGAGGGACAGGCAGGAGGAGUGCGUGAAGUACGGGCAAGUCUGAUGACAUCCAAAGUUUCAAUGCUGAAUCAUCUACAGCAGCAGACAACUCGUGAGUUUGGAAAGUUAUAAAAACAUUUUUUUUUUACUUUGUAAAGAGAGCAUUGUAGCCUAUGUCAAACCUCUGUAAGGGCUGGGAAAGUUGAACCCGAGACAAAGACUGUUCUGGAGACUGCCCGUAGAGCUCAAACCCACAUUCACACUGACAGGCGGAGGAACGGGACAGACGGAGAUAGAGUCCCCGAGGGGGGUUGGAAGGAGAGGAAAAACUUUUCGAAAAAAUCCUAACAGUCCACUUCUGCAUCAAGACAUGUCCUAAAAUUACGCAUGAAGGAGUUUAUGGAGACGAGAAGAAGAGUUGUGGUGGCAACGAGAGGGGAAAGUUAGAGGAGAGUAGAGCAGAAGAGUGGAGAGCACGGGAAAGUCAGAGAGGAGAAUCUAGUCUACCUGGGAAAGGGGUCAGAGAAUGAAUUAGCGAACAACGAGUGCCCUGUGUCGCAGCCAACAGUAAGGCUUGACACCUGUUCCCCCCCCACCCCCUAGUGUGCCACACCCAUGGAUGAGGAGAGGAGCCCCCUGUCAGCUCACCUGAGCCCCCUGAUGAUAGGGACCCACAUCCCCCCACUCUGCACCCCAACCCCUCCACGGACAUCCCAGCCUCCACCCCUAUUCCAAUCCCCACACACACCACAGAUUUGGACAGGAGCAUGGAGCCCCUCAUCGAGAGGCCAAAGGUUAAACCAGAGGGGUUGCUAGGAGACGCGGAGAACGGCAACAACAACAACAGUCUCUCACAGCCGGACCUGACGACACCUAGCAAGAGCAUUACCUGUCAGCCCCAGGCUCGAUCCACCCACAUCCACCCUGCCCAACCCUGCCUAACACAGCCAACCAGCCAACCACGAGACGGAGCCAAGCUUCACACACACUGCCCCAACUGCACGCACGCCCCUCACACCAACAGAGUGAGGAACGGAGGCCCCUGUGAUCGGCCUGCCCCUGGCUCCCUCCCUAAAGCAGCCUCUUCCUCCUCCUCGUCGGGGAUGAAGAACUCCACGAAGCUCCAGUCCAACCCCUCCAUCACCUCUCAGAGCAGCAAGAGGAGCAAGAGCUCCUCCAAGAGCAACAGCUCCCAGAUACCUACAGAGGUACAGGAAGACUGUUGUGUUCACUGUAUCCUGGCCUGUCUGUUCUGUGAGUUCCUGACUCUGUGUAACAUCGUGUUGGACUGUGCCACCUGUGGUUCGUGUGCGGGGGACAACUCGGCGUGCUUCUGCUGCUGCUGCGCCUCGGAGGAGUGCGGCGACUGUGAGCUGCCAUGUGACAUGGACUGUGGGAUCAUUGACGCGUGCUGCGAGUCUGCAGACUGCCUGGAGAUCUGUAUGGAGUGCUGUGGCCUCUGUUUCUCCUCCUGAGCCUCCCAAACUGCAGUGGGUGAUAUCUCUCUGUCUCACACAGACAAAGCCCAGGCUCAGUAGACAGGGUAGUGGAGGGGCAGGAUCAUUGGCCAAUAUUGAGGACAUAUUGAGAGUUGCCAUUGGUCCAUGUAAGGACAUAUCAUUGGCUUUGACCAAGAUCAAGUGCUGGCAUUGGUCAAUGUUGUGGACAAUCCAUUGGAAUUGACCAAUCAAAGGACAUGGACUACUCUUUGGCUUGUCCUGCUCACCUCUCUUCUGUGUUGCCUGUUAAGGAGAAUUAUGGAUAUCUCCCAUUGCUAUGCAGAUGUGUAUACACCAUGCUAGCUGUGCUCCAGCGAUGGUUCUGAACGGCUUCUCUCUCUGGACUUCCUUUGGACCCUCAGUGAUCUGUCUCAGUGAGCUGUCUCUUCUUACAGCAGAACCCCCUGUCUCCAGAGGCUCAGCAGCACAAUGAAUGGAUCUCUCCAUGCAUGAAAAUGACCUCGCAGGCAAAUGAGAAAAUGGCUCCAUUUAACAGGAUUUCAGUGUUUCUGUAGAUAAGACAGCAGAGUAAUAGGAAAAUGGUCGCUCAGAUGGGAGCAGAACCCUAGUUUGUCCUUGGCAAGGUUAAAGGCUUCCAGUUUGAGUGCUAACCGUUUUUCUCAGCGUGCACGGUCCUGUGUGGAGGGUGUGUCUACUGUAGAUGACUAGGACUGGGAGUAGGGGGCUUGGCUACAAACCAAUGGAAACGCGUCAACACUAACUACGUUUCCAUACAAAGUUUAUGCGAGUGAAGUCGUACCGUAUUAACAAAAAUCAGGAUAGCUGUGAAGAUUUGUAAAAAAAAAAUACAAAAAUGCCGACAUGGUGGGAUCUUUUUGUGGCGGUAAAAUGUAUUAUGUGAGAAAUGGUGAAGUGAUGAUCGACGCUUGACUGCCAUUUGACAAGUACAAAUAUUCUCCCUCUUAUCCAUAAUAACCGUAUCAUGUAGACGAACCUACCUGCACGGUAUCUGAGAGCUGGUGGCUGGAGCUCAUCUGCCAAGACCAGAGUUAUUUAACACAGCAGUUUUUGUGACUAAACUAUUGGUAGAGUUGAAAAUGCAAUGGAAACACUUUAGAUUUACUUUAGAUGUUAGAUUUGGAUUUAUAUUUGGUACAUGAAAACUGGAGCGGAAAAGUACAUUUUGUGUCACUGCUUUAUCAGGCACUGAUUUAUAUGCGCAUAUUUUCUUUAUGCGAAUUCUAGAAUAUUUGCAUGAACAUCUGUCUCUAAUUGGAUGAAAACCUAGCUACUGCUACAAACAUUUUGUUCCAUAGCCAGCAUUAGCACACCUGAUUCAGCUAAUCGAGAUUUUAUGGUUAGUUGAUGAGUUGAAUAGUGCUGGGCUGAAACCAAAGUCUGCAGUGUUUGUAGGGGCGUUGUUGACCGACCAAACAAUCGACACAUCCUCCAUCUGACUCAAACAUGUGAAAGGAGAGCUCGUCUUUCAUCUUUCUGUAACUGUCUAUAUGUCUGGCUGUAAACGGAUUACAGAUGGUUACUAACUGAUAGACAGGAAGAGAUCAUUCAAACUCUCAAUGCUUUUACCUGAUCUGCUCAUUCUCUUGUACUGUACAGUAUGUGAACGGAAGGCCUCUGCUUUACUCCAGGCCUGGAUUGUCUCUCCUUUGCAAAAAAAAUUCUAUUAAUCCAUCUUAUUUUGUGUAGAUUUUAGUUUAGAUAUUUGCAUUUCUCUUCCAAUGUGAAAUCACAUUUCUAUGUUAUCAGUUCCAACCUCUCUCGCUGCAAAGCAGUCGUUCUUCAAAAUGUCAUUUCAUUUAGAAUAUCUGCGGAUAUUAUGCUAAGUAUGAUCCAUAUGCUAGCAUUUUGUAUGGUAAGUAUAUUAGUUUUAUCAUAAUAGAAUAGAUCCUGCACACUCCAACACAUACCCUUUUCUGCCCAGCAACUCAUGAGAUAUGUAUUUUUCUACUAAGAUUAUGUUUGUAUAUUUUAUACCCAGUGGGUCCUGAUUGCCCUCAGCAACAACUGUGUUGUUCCUCUUAUGACUUUGGGGUCUAUUCAAUCUGAAACUCUGAAGCGCUACAGAUUCAGCUCUAUGUAUUUGAAGGUAAUUUCUGACUGGGCAUUUGCAGCAUUUACCGUGAAUGUAGUCAAUCAUGCUGUAGAGCUGAACUUCCGCGAUGCAGAUUGAAUAGGGCCCUUUGUCUCUCAGAAUCACCAAAGCAAAUCGGAGUUUGCUGUUGCUGAAUCUUUAUAUCCUAUAUUCUGUGGAAGGUUUUAAACUUGGUUGUAGGCUAUGACUAAUCAAACUAGCCAAUUGCUUGAUUCCAAAGACUACAGACUUUACAGAUAGAUAAUCUGUAUUGUAUUACUGUAACUAGUAAUGAAAGACAUGCCUUAUUGGGAAUACUAGGAAUCUCUGAUGAAAGAGCUAACUGUACAUCUACAUGGAGAUUAAGGUAAGAUUGAAAAGAUGCAUUAAAGUUUUAUUCUGGAUUACAAAUGA